UAAGGAAGUAGCUGACGCGUAGUUUACAAGCGCCGCAGCACAACAGCGCUGCACAUCUGAACUGUAAUUAUACGCUAUCACGGAGGUUCUCUUGACAAACAAAGAGUCGACAGAAUAUGGACGACAUUAACAAAGUGUACUGCCUACUCUGUCAGCGGUGCGAAGAGACGGACAUAACCGGAGCGUUAUCCACUAAAGAUGAAGUCACGGCCCACCAAAACUGUCUGUUGUUUUCCUCUGGCCUGUAUUGCCGUAAUUCCCCACAGUUUGACGAUCUGUUUGGUUUCUCCGUGGAGGAUGUGUUGAAGGAGGUGAAACGAGGAAGCAAGCUGAUAUGUAACAAAUGUCAGACGAAGGGUGCCACUGCAGGAUGUGAAGUCAAACGCUGCAAGAAGUCCUACCACUACCCGUGUGCUGUCCGACACAGAGCUAAGAUCGUUGAGGAUGCAGACCAGGGGAAAUAUGGGCUGUACUGCUCCAACCACUCUCAACAAACAGAAGAAAACGGGUCUGUAAACGGACAUCCCUCCUCCUUCGCUCAGUCACGAACUUCCAAAAGUCCGAGUGAAGCCGGGUCUUCUAAGGUUCAUUGCCUUGCCUGUGAGAAAACAGAAGGAAAUAUCAGCUUGGAAAGUGUGUCCAAUGGCAUUCAUAUGCGGUAUUGUAACAAACAUGCUCCUGCAUCACACAAGAGGAGCACCAGCGGUGAUUCUACAACAGCCAGAUGGCUGUCUGUGUGCAGUAGUGACUCAUCCAGCAGGGUGAAGCCUUUGUCUUCCAAGAGACGGUUGACUUUCGGAGACGGACAGGAAGGGACCCUGUCCAAACGUAAAGGCCGGAAUGCGAUCCUAACGGAUGAUUCUUCAAACUCAAGUUACAAUGAGCCUGAUUCAGAAAUGAACAUAUUCGCCCCUGUAGAGAUGGAUUUUGACGAAAGUGCAAACUCUGUUCCAGAGACCCAAACUGUGCGUCAGGUGAUCAGAAAAGACAACCCGAGUCCCACUGGGUCCACUUCAGGAAAUCAGCUGGAGGAUGGGAGCAUCGAUGGAGAUGAAACAAUCAUACAUUCAGUGAAAUGUUACAUACUGUCUAGCUCUGAAAGUGAUGGUGAGUCGGAGAGUCUGCUGCCUCCCGAGUCUCAGCCACCUUCAGCGACGACGGCUGUGGUCUCCACUCAGACCACUUCAGCUUUGUUAGGCAGUGUGGUUCUGUUCAAGACGGAGGUAGAAGAGUCACAGAGAACAGACGGAGGGUCCAGUCCUGAUCAGAGUCCUGUCCACAGUCCUGCUGAACACGCUACUGGACCCGCUGUCCCACAGCAGAGGUCCGCUGGACCUCCUCCCUCUCCUCCCCGCUCCAAACCUCUCGAUGGUACCCGCUCACCUGCACCUCCCUCAGACCCAGAGCCCAGCUUAGACUCCGCCAGCUUCUGGAAAAGCUGCAACGCAGCCGGAUGCACACAGGCCCUCUUCAUUGGUUUCAUUGAUGAGAUGAACGAUAUCUCCAGCAGAAUCCAGUCGGACCUGGCCAGGCAGGAGGAUUAUGAUCAUGCACUGACAGUGAUGUCUGCUUCUGGGAAACUGGCAGAGCGUGUGGCCAAGCAGCAGGAAGAGUUACAAAGGAAACAAACGGAGCUGCAGAAGGCGACAGCUGCUAUGAAGGAUGUCGUCUCAGCACUGUGGACAUGAAUCCAUCAGCGUUUUUUAUUUCAAAUUACUCAAACUGACAUUUUUAGCAUUUUGUACAAUCUGUAUAUGUAUAUAUUUUUUAUUGAUUAUGCCUUAAUAUUUAGGUGGAAAGUGAUGUACAGUUGUGUGAAGUGUUGGGCCCCCUUCCUGAUUUCUUAUUUUUUUUGCAUGUUUGUCA